AGCUCUCCCAACCACUGUCCUCGCAUGCCCAUGCACUGUUGAACGGGCUUCCUUGUCACUGUUAAUCUUUGCCGACGACCAAAAUUUACCAUACGCCUCUCUGCUGUUCCAUUCCUUUGGUGGAGGCUUUGCUCUCCAUGCUUUAUAAGAAACGUGCUUCGACAUAUCGCACCCGCCCUUGGUGGCCAAAGUGAAAGCACAACUGGAGACAAACAUGGAGCACACCAAUAUCUUCCACGCGCGCAAGCAACUUCUUCCUCCACAGGACAACGAAAGUGGUUAUCGCAACAUGUCUGCAUCGAUAUUAUCAACAAUCUUUUUCAUCAUCUGCGCUGGUAUCUUUUUUCACCGAGGGAGCACUGUUCACGGACUUCUAUACAAUCUUGCGGAUCUGGCAUCGCGGAUAUUAAAUGUCUACGCUCCCCGCCCGCUGUUGAACUUCGUGAUAAUACUCAGGAGGUCUCUUCAUAUACCAGGAUAUGGGUCAAGCAGAUUGAACCCUCUCCCAAGCAUGAGCAAGUUCUUACUUGGCUCGAAUGUUAGCACCGGGGUUCCUGCUGGCCUGGGAAAUUUUGAUAACUCAUGCUAUCAGAACAGCAUACUCCAGGGGCUGUCAUCCCUCCCGUCCGUGAGAAGGUUUUUUUCAAACAUGACCGUAGAGUUCGAUACAUUAGGACCCGAUUCUAUGGUGGGAACACUUGCAGACCUUCUAGACACCUUGAGUGACCCGAAGACAAACGAAAAGACGCUAUGGACACCACAAAAACUAAAGACUAUGGACAGCGUAAACCCGCAAGACGCGCACGAAUACUUUGGGUCGAUGAUGGAUGUCACAGAGAAAGAGCUUGCCGAGGCUAUGCAUGCACGUCCGCAGUCCGCUGGGCUGAAGGAGCUAGAUGGAUCAACAGCUGAGACACCUUUGGGAACACAAGUUAUGGAAGGCUUUGCCUCUGGGCAGUAUAGAAGGGAAGAAGGCAUCGCUCGUUAUGGGAAUCCACUAGAUGGUCUACUCGCAGAUCGCACCAUGUGUACGGAAUGCGGUUAUUGUGAAGGACUCAGACUGGUCAGUUUUAAUUGCCUGAUGACUCAGUUCCCGAAGAACUUUCCGCAAUGGUAUACUUUUCAGCUUGGGGACCUACUUCGCGAGUACAUGAAAUUGGAAAAAGUGGGUCCUACAUACUGUGCUCGGUGCACAUUAUUGCAGAACAAAAAAAGCCUGGAACGAUUGCUAGCCACGUGUGCUACGAAUGGCCUCUCUUCUUCAGCCGAAUUCGAAAAUACUGCCCGCGCGAGGCUUGAUUCUGUUAGAGAUCUACUGGAAUCAGAAGACUUUGGGGAGAACGACAAGAAUCUGACCAUCAAAUGCGGCAUUUCAAAGAAUAAGUGGACGGAAACACUCAAAACGAAACAGUCUGUCAUUGCCAGAGCGCCACAGUCAUUAGCUAUCCACAUCAAUAGGAGUGAAUUCGACGAAAAAACGUGGCAACUGCGAAAGAAUACCUCACCAGUCGAGUUCCCAGUCUUCCAAGACAUGUCAGCCUGGACGUUGGGUGGCUUGGAAGCUGAGAGCAAGGAUUCUCAGGAUGCUGUACAGUUGUGGAAGAUGGAUCCAAUGCAGUCUAUGCUACCAGAAGAGGAGGUAACACGCAAAGCUCUUGGGUGGCAACUCCAGUACGAGCUACGAGCCGUAGUACGGCAUCAAGGUUUCGGCCACCACAACGGGCAUUAUGUCUGCUACAAGAAACAUGCAUCCUCACUCGAAUCCACAGGGAAAUCUGACGCCAAUGAUCAUGUCGAUGUCAGUCCUGAAGAUAAACCUGAGGAGACGACAGAUCAUCAGUCUGGGCGUUGGUGGAGUUUUAGUGACGAGGAUGUUCGCCCACAGGAUGAACGAGCUGUAUUGAAAGCACCGGGAGUGUUCAUGCUAUUCUACGAGCGAAGAAUGGUAGAUCCACCUCGAUCGACAUCCUGCCGUCAGGAAGUAUCAGACACGCCCAGGCAAGCGGUGCCUCAUACGACGGAUACGACACAAGAUUUGGUUGAGCCACUUAAGGUGACGCAAGAGGGCCACAAACAAAAUGCAGAAACCCCAACAGGACGACUAGCUCAAUUGACUGAUGAUCUGAUGCGAGACUUGAAAGCUGCUAAGGGUACCAGCGAGAGCCAGAAGGACCAUGAAUCGGCAGUUCCUGAGAAGCCCAUGGCACCACUCGCCAAGCUGCCUCUUACAUCUGACACACCUUCUGAGAUUCUUAGUGGUCCUCCAGACUCAACUCCCCCAACUCCCAUAAGUUCUGCAUCAAAAUCUGAUCAGAUCCAGCCUACAGAGGGAACGUAUAGUCCAGAUAAGGAAUCAAAAUCUGUGCAUAUGCGCACAGCUGGACACCCGUCGAUGCAUCGAGGGAGGGGUGAAUCGCUCCUAAUGGUCGCGCCUACAUGAUCAAUAUGGACUAUUCAUGGAUACAGACUGUUUGCAUUAUUAUUAAGAGCCUUGGGAGCAUUUCUUCAGGCGUUGGACUCCAGGUCACACUGUAACGAUACAGGCUGCGUGGCUCAGAUACUGUACAUUGAAACUUUUAGAUACCCAUUACGACACAGCAGUAAUAAGUUC